AUGCUUUUAGUAAUUCUGUCUUUUAUAACAGCUUCAGUGUACAGAGUCAGAAUUAAAAAUUUGCUUAAUAACGAAUAUUUAUUAAGAAGAGUUGACGAUAUAGGUCUUACAAAAAAUAAAAAUGCCCCUAAAACAGAUUUUUUUAUUGAAAUACCUGAUACAUUGGGAAAUAUAAAAGAUGUAGUGCUGUUUGAGCAUGUCAUUAAAAAAUAUCCAAGAUAUCUAUUUUAUGAAAAAGCAAAUAACAGACUUGCUUUUCACGACAAAAUUAGUAAGCUGCGAUUUUCAUAUAACAAAGGCAUCUUACAAAUUAAAAUGAUAAAUUCCGAAGAAUGUUUACACAUUGAAGGUGGAACUAUUUUAUUACGUAAUUGCAACAGCAAUUUAAAGAAUCAGCAAUUUACAUUACACGAACUUAAAAAGAGGAAAGUAGAAAGAAGAUUAAAAGAUAACACGAAAAUGGAAAUAGAAGUUGAGGGACGCGAUAAGAAAAUUAAGGACAAAAGUAUACAUGACGACAAUAUUUAUAUAAAGUACAAUGAUGACGGCGAAGUUUAUUCAACGGAAGAAGAUAUUAAUCAUAUUUUUGAAGAUGGUAAGACGAUCGAUAUAAUUACUGAACAAAAUACUAAUCAAGGAAAUGUUUCCGUGUCCCAGGAAGUUAAAAAUGAAAUUCAAGAAGAACCUGCGCUUUUAGUAAAAGAGAAUGUAUCAAAUAUCAUUCAUUCAACAUUAUACACUACGAUGAUAGUUAAUUCAACAGCAACAGUUUACACGACAGUUUUUCAUACGAUUACAUCAUCGAUAUUGAGCAAUCAGACAGAAACAGUUUAUGUAACACCGAAUUUAACAGAUAAGUUACUACAAAAUACUGUUAUAAUGCCUAAAAGCGAUGAAAAUAUAGCAUCUGUGGCAACAAUCCCCGAGAACCAAUAUUACCGAUCCAGAAAAAGAAUUUCACAAAAAAAAAAGAAUGAAGAUAGUAUCACUCAACAUGAAUUGUUUCCACAAAAUGAUAGUGAUGAACAUCAACUAACAGAUUCGGUAACGAGCUUUCCAAAAGAAAUAUCAACAAUUGGAAAUGAAAUUGAAGAAAGUCCUGAAUACGGUUCAAUUUAUAAUCGAGAUGCAGAUUAUUUUGAAUUAAAGGCGAAAAAUAACUGUUUUAAUAAUAAUAGUCCUGAAUGUAAAAGGUUUAAUGAAAGUUAUAACAGAAAAUCGAGAUUAGCGAAAAUUAAGGAAAGAAUAUUAAAAAGGGCAAAAUACUUCAAUCAAAAACGACUUCUUCAGGGAACCAACUCAGCAGAUUUUGAUGUUAAUAGUUCUAAAAAUAACAUUUUAAACAACUCGAGAUUCGGGCUAUUAACAGAAAACACUAAUGAUGAACAGAACAUGCACAAUCUUGCUCGUAAUAAAACUUUUAAUAAUAUGAAGAGCAGCUUAUUUGGAGAAAGUACAAAUCCAGUAUUAUAUCCUCAGAACAGCCAGUAUUUUGAUGGCAAUAACGGUAUGCAAUUGAAUAGACAACGAGACGGAUUGAGUGAAAGCGUAUUAGAAAAUAAUUUUCUACCUCAACAACAAAUUAAUGAAGAAUUAUCCGCACAAAAAGUUUCUCAUUCAGGUGGGUUGCUCGAUUAUGUUGGUUUUAAUGAUUCUAUUGGUGAUGGGUUUGCAAACCUUAAUGAAAAUACAAUUUAUUCAGGAAUAAGUUUGAAUAUUUAA